AAAACAACAUGGAGGAUCUAUCACUCACAUUCUCAAAAUAUGAUAAACUGACUGGUAGAUUUCAGUAACUGCACAUUUGAAUAAAUCGCUAUGGUUUACCAGAGAGUGAGACCAUACAUAAACGUUCUUGGAAUGUUUACCCGUGGUUUUGUCAUUGGUGUACCUGUGGUUAUCACAUUCGUGGACUAUGUAGGAAGCGUCAAAGGUGUAACUGGCAUCUCUAUGCAACCAACCUUAAAUCCCAAUCCACGUAAAAGUAGUGAUGUAGUGCUUGUCAACAGCUGGGCUGUCCGGCGAUUUGAAGGAAUUAACAGAGGAGACAUUGUUACUUUGACUGAUCCCACAGAUCCUGAUGCUGCCUUAAUAAAGAGAGUUAUAGCUCUAGAAGGCGACCGUGUAAGGUGAGUUAUGAUAUGAUUUUAAAUAGAU